AUGACCUCGCACAUCGGACUUCGUCAGACAUGCCACUCGACCCGCCGCCGCUUAGCUGUCCCUCGCCGCGUUGACUGCGACGUGAUCGGUUGGCCAGGAGUUGAAGCGCUGAGAUGGCCCGUUUUCGGCCUUUUCCCAGCGACUUAG